AUGAGCUACAAUCAGCAGUCACAGCAGGCUCAGUACGGCUCAUACCCGGCCGGACAGUCAUCUUUCCCCCAAAAUUACCCGCAAAAUCAGCCUUGGCAACAGCAGCAGCAGCAAGGCCAACAAGGGCAGGGCCAGCCUUCAUUCGCCCAACCGCAAGGCCAAGGAGGAGCCCAGCAACAGCUGCAACAAGCCGCCUACGCCCAGAUGCUCCAGCAGCAACAGCAGCAGCAGCAGCAACAAGUGCGGCCGCCAAACUUCCCGACUGGUGCCCCUGGGCAGGGCGGGCAGGGCAUCCCACCGCAGGCGUACGCGGCGCAGCAGCAGCAGCAUCAACAGCAGAUCGCGGCGUUGAUGGCUGCUCAGGCUAGGCAGUAUCAGGGGCAGGGACAGGGACAGUUAGGCGGUGGGGCUGGGGGAACUGCAGGAGUAGGGGGAGCAGGGGGAGCAGGUCUUGGACAGAUGGGUCCGCCUCAGGUGCCAAUCCCGCCAGCGGGGUUCGCGGGGAUGCAGGGAAUGACGCGGGAACAGCAGGUGCAGGCGAUGGGGAUGAUGCAGGCGCAGCAGCAGGCGAUUAGGGAUCAGCAGGGUGGGGGACAGGGAGUUGGAGCUGGACCAGGGGCUGGGGCUGGACAGGCGGGAACGGGGACAGCUGGACCGAGUCAUAAGAAGAAGAGAGCAAAAGCAAACCCAGCACAACAAAUGCUGCCUCGCCAACCCCCCGCUCCGCGCCCUUCAGAGUCAUACCGCCAAGCCGCCCUCGCUGCGGCAACCGUAAACGAUGUCGAGCCGUGGGCGGAUGGGCUGGACGAGGUGGAUCCGCGAGAGUUGGCGAUGGGGAGGUUUAGGGCGAGGCAGGAGACUUUGGCGGAGAUUUUCGGGCCGGAGCCGAUUAAAGAUAUAAUGGCGGUCCAGUAUGAUCCAUGGGUUGGACUAGGGACCGAUGCCGAGACAUUAGAGGAGAAAGUGAUGAAGCUGGAAAGGGAGAAUGAGGAGCUGUCGGCGAGGCUAGAUGGGGGUGUGGAGGCGUUUAGGAAGAGGUUGGCAGAUGCGGAACGGGUGGAGGUGGGGAGUAUAGAGGUUCCUGCGUGA